UUAAAACAACCAUCCUUCUUCAGAAACAAAAAUAUUGAAACAUGAUUCGCCAUCGCGGAUAUAGGGGUUCCUGCUUGAGCAGUGGGGUGGGCUAGAAAACUUCCAAGGUCCCUUCCAACUCUCUUGUUCUGUAGUCUGUUCACUCAGGGGCUGGAUUCACACUUGACAAGUCUGGAGCCUGCAGUCACACAAUGUGCUAGGCCAGAAGACUUUCAACACUGGCAUGAUUUCCUGUGACUGAGCAUAUAGAAAGUGUGAAGCUUGUCGGUUUCGGGUCUGUGCUUCAUGGGAACCAGGAAAGGGCUUGUUUUGUUGUCAAAUGUGACUGUGCAACUCUCUCUGAUGGGCUCUUCUCAGCAGCAGCUAAGGAGUUACUUCACCGGCCAGUUGAUAAACCAGAAGUGUCACAUCUAAGGCUCCAACCCACGAAACCCAGUCACUUGGCAUUGCUUUCCUCCUGCACAUACCUUGAAUACCUUAAAUAACAAAGGAAGCUCCUAGGUUAGCGAGGAAUGUUCUUGACAGCAAGGGCACGGCUCUUCUCCGGCUCUCCUCCGAUCCCUAGUGUGGCUCAUUUCUCUACCAGAUGGACAGACGGAGCCCUCUGACCUCCUGAUUUCAGGCAACUUCAAAGAACCUUCCAGAGCCCUUCUGGCCAUAUUCUGGUGGGCAGGGCAGGAUCCAGCCAGAGUGCAGCUCCACAAAGGUGCGCAAAACCAGCCGACAGACGGAAGAUUGAGGGCAGCCACAGAAACGCUGGACCGGUAGCUGCAGCAUCCCAGAGCGGAAAGCUGAAGACGGGCGGAACAUGGAGAACACAGGAGGAAGAGUCUUUGGUGGGAAGCGGGGCAGCUUUCCGGGCGGCCCCCAUCGUCUCCCGGUGGUGCAGAAGCUGGUGGAGUCCUGCGCUCAACUGCAGGAGGAGAAGCUGCAGCUGCAGCAACAGUUAGUGCUGCUGCAGGAGAAAGUUGCUGUGCGAGAGAGCGGCCCCGUCCCUCAGGCUGCGCAGCUGCAGAACAAGACAGAAAGCCUGAAGGACAGACUCCCAAAGCCAGCUCAAGAGAUGAACAGGCUUCAUUCUACGCUGGGUGGGACGGACCUGGAGAAGCAUAGAGACCUCUUGCUUGCAGAAAACAUGCACUUAAAGCAGGAGUUAAAGCUGUGUGAGGCCCAGCUGCAGGAGCUGAGGAAGCAUUCGGUCAGAUGCACCAACUGCGCACACAGCCAGGAGAACGUAAAGUUGCAGGAGAAGCUGGCACAAGUGAAGCAGGAAGCAGAAGACGUGAAAGGACGCCUUUCGGAGUUGGACCUGGAGGUGGAGCAGAAAACCAACCGUCUGGCGGAGGUAGAGCUGCGGCUGAAGGACUCCUUGGCAGAGAGGGCCGAGGAGGAGGAGCGGCUGAGCCGGAGACUGCGGGACAGCCAGGAAGUGAUAGCAAGCCUCAAGGCCCAGCCUCAUCAGGUCAAGUAUGUCAUCAAAACGAUGGAAGUUGAAUCCUCCAAGACCAAGCAGGCCCUCAGCGAAGCUCAGUCGCGGAACCAAUACUUACAGGACCAGGUUGGGAUGCAGAGGCAGGUUCUGAAGGAGAUGGAGCAGCAGCUGCAGAGCUCCCAGAAGGCGGCGGCUCAGCUCAGGGCCCAGGUGACGAUGUACGAAUCCGAGCUAGAGCAGUCCCGGGAGCAGAUGCUGGAGGAGAUGCAGAACAUGGAGGAGGACAAGAACCGAGCCAUUGAGGAAGCUUUUGCUCAAGCACAACUAGAAAUGAAAGCAGUUCAUGAAAACCUGGCAGGCGUGCGGGCCAAUCUGCUCACGCUCCAGCCGGCGCUGCGUACUCUCACUAGUGACUACAACGGCUUGAAGCGCCAGGUCAAAGAGUUCCCACUUCUGCUGCAAGAGGCUUUGCAGAGCGCCAGGGCUGAGAUCGGGCAAGCCAUUGAAGAAGUGAGCAGCACCAACCAGGAGCUGCUGAGAAAAUACCGAAAGGAGCUGCAACUCCGCAAGAAAUGUCACAACGAGUUGGUGCGAUUGAAAGGUAAUAUCCGAGUGUUUGGCCGUGUUAGGCCAAUACAAGCAGAGGAUGGUGAAGGGCCAGAAGCUGUGGGCGCAGUGACCUUUGACCCUGAUGAUGACGCCAUCCUACAUCUGAUGCACAAAGGGAAGCUGGUAUCUUUUGAACUGGACAAAGUUUUCCGUCCAGAAGCAACACAAGAAGACGUCUUCCGAGAAGUUCAGGCGCUGAUCACAUCAUGCAUUGAUGGUUACAACGUUUGUAUUUUUGCCUAUGGACAAACUGGGGCUGGCAAGACAUACACCAUGGAGGGCAGCCCGGAAAACCCCGGGAUCAACCAGCGGGCUCUGCGGCUUCUCUUCUCCGAGGUUCAGUCCAAAGCCCCUGACUGGAAUUACAGCAUCACUGUCAGCGUGGCUGAAAUCUAUAACGAGGCUCUCAGGGACCUGCUUGGAAAGGAGCCCCAGGAGAAGCUGGAGAUCAGACUCUGCCCAGAUGGCAGCGGGCAGCUUUACGUUCCAGGCUUGACCGAGUUCCCUGUCCACUGCGUGGAAGACAUCAACCAGGUCUUUGAGUUUGGUCAUAUCAACCGAGCAACGGAGUGCACUUACCUGAAUGAACACAGCUCCAGAUCUCACGCCCUCCUCAUGAUCACAGUGAGGGGAACCGAUCGCAGCACAGGAAUAAAAACCACCGGGAAGCUGAAUUUAGUAGACCUGGCAGGAUCUGAGCGUGUGGGUAGAUCUGGUGCAGAAGGGAGCCGGUUGCGUGAGGCUCAGUACAUCAACAAGUCGCUUUCAGCUUUGGGAGAUGUGAUCUAUGCGCUGCGUUCCCGCCAGUCCCAUGUGCCGUUUCGCAACUCCAAGCUGACCUACCUCCUCCAGGAUUCUCUCAGUGGUGAAAGCAAGACCCUCAUGAUGGUCCAGGUUUCUCCGGUUGAGAAGAAUACGAGUGAGACACUCUGCUCCCUCAAGUUUGCUGAGAGAGUUCGCUCCGUGGAACUGGGCCCUGGCACUCGGAGGGCAGAAAUGGGCUCCUGGACCAGCCAGGAGCACUUAGAGCCACAGCUCUGUUUCCCUGUGGCUGCUUGUCUCCAGGUGGAGCCCUCCGCCACCCUUCAGCCCUGCAUCCGGACCCAGCCCUCUCCUCGAACGGGGCGAUCGAGCUCACUUCGGGCAAAGCCCCCGAGUACAGGAAUUGCGCAAUGCAGCCGGGAGUUCUGUCUGCCAGCCUGCUUAACAAUCCAAAAUCAGAAUGGAGCAGGACCAAGUGUUACGUGUGGCCAAAGCCAGCAGAGGACAGACUUCAGAAAUGGGCCAGGGAAACCGAGGCCAAAUCCUCUAUGAAAACUGGUCGAUGUGAGGAAAAGCUGCUUUCAAAGAGGACUUUGGGAAACCAUGCUGGCUUUUCUAAAAGUGCACCCUGGGACUGGGACUACAGUACAGAUGUCCAGGGGUUUGGACUGGUCGUCCUCAUCCACUGCUGGCAGUGGAGCCGGGUGCUUGGAACCGUACAGACUUCAGGAAAGGGUCACUUCCUGAUCAACAGAUUUUUAACACAUUUCUUUUAAAAGAGAGCAGAGGCGGUGAACACAAACUUCGCUUUUAUGCACCCUUUCCCUUUCAUUUUUAUUUGAAUAAAAAUGUUGCACCCAGUCAGAA